CCCAUCUUCUUGCAGAUAAUUUUUGCUGUCAUUGGCCAAUCCUGUUAUUUAGAUUUUAGGCCUGCCAUUAUCUUUUUUUACACUGCUAAAUCUUCUUGAAGAUGCCUAUUCGUGCCAAGAUAUGGAUCCUCCUCAAAGAGUUUGUUGGGGAGCCAAAACCAUCUGACUUCAAACUGGAGGAAGAAGAUGUGCUAGGGGAGAACAUUGGGGAACUCCAACCUGGAGACAUGUUAAGGGUGACCCUGAGUCGAAACGACAAGUAUGUCAAUGGCACGGCUGUGGUUGCAAACGUUGGAUGGCGUACACACACACUGAUAAAACCAGGGACCCUGCCAGAAAACAUUACUGGUCUUGUGAUGCUCCCCUCCAGCUUCUCUCCACUCCCCAUCUCACUUAUUUUGGGGACUUGUGGCAGACCUGGGAAUUCUGCAUACUUUGGAUUCUUGGAGUUGUGUCAGCCAAAGAAAGGCGAGACAGUUGUAGUCAAUGCAGCUGCUGGAACAGUUGGCAGCCUGGUGGGACAGAUCGCCAAAAUGAAAGAAUGUCGUGUGAUCGGGUUUGCUGGGAGUGAUGAUAAGGUGGAGUGGCUGAAGGAACUGGGGUUUGACCAUGCAUAUAAUUACAAGACUGUCGAUUUGGCUGCUUCUCUCAAGGAAGCGGCCCCAAAUGGUGUUGAUUGUUUCUUUGACUGUGUUGGAGGGGAGAUGACUGCUGUGAUAAUGCAGCACAUGAAUACCUUUGGUCGUAUGGCUAUCUGUGGAAGUAUCAGUGGUUAUAAUGAUGACCCUGCAAAUAAGCCGAAAGGUGAGGGCACUCUGUGGACUCCAGUUGUGCUGUUUAAGCAACUUCGCAUCGAAGGCUUCAUGGUAUUGCGGUGGAUGGAUCGAUGGAAUGAAGGUGUACAACAGAUGGCAGAAUGGGUCAAGGAGGGACGACUGAAGUAUCGUGAGACGGUGACAACAGGGUUUGAGAAAACCCCUGAGGCUUUCAUAGGCAUGUUCAAGGGGGAAAACACUGGGAAGGCUGUUGUGAAGGUGAACUUGCAUGGGUGUGAUUAGGACCUGAGCUCUCCAUAUGAAGAUUUUGUCAACAUGUAUCAAGCUGUUGUUUGCAGUUGCUUAUU